AUGAUAAUAGCCACAAAUAUGCCCAUGAACAACAAAACUCAAGAACAAAUGACAGAGAACUUUGAAGACGAUAAUAUUCAAAUUGCAUCAUCAGAAAUAAAAGAAAAUGGAAGCAUUAAUCCACUCACAAACAUCGAUCAAACGGUUGAUAAUCCUAUUCAUGAUAAUAACUAUAAUCAAAAUGGAAUCAGUAGUCUAUCUAUUGAUGUUGUUAGAGAUACAACAUCUUCAAUGAGCCGUAGUAGUACUAGGCAACAAUCAUCAAGUUCAACUAAAACCGAUGAAUGCAAAUAUGCAGGUGACAUUUAUGGUGAUAAAAAACAUGGCCAAGGGGUUUUAUCUUGGCCUGAUGGUCAAAUGUAUACAGGUGCUUUUUUUGCUGAUAGGCGUCAUGGAUUUGGAAUUUUUCAUAAACCAAACAUUUCAGAAUUUAAGGGCUUAUAUUGUCACGAUGAACGAUUUGGACCAGGUAUUUUAAUGUACAAGUCUCUAAAAUGUGCUGAUGUUGGCUUAUGGUUAAAUGAAGAUCUUGUUCGUUUACUUUAUUCUCAUCCUAAACUUACAUUAGAUGUACAAAUAACAGAUAAAAAAUCUUUGCAUUCAUCCUCACUUGUGAUUCCCUCAUGGUAUUCACCACAAGAACUACUCACAAAUGUAUCUGACUUUAGUUUUUUAUUAAAAAAACAAUCUUCUACGCUCUUUUGUAAUGAUAUCCAAAAUGAAAACUCAAUUUUAACACAAUAUAUUAUUGAACACGGGGAUCGAGUACAAAUAGUACUACAAGAUAAACGUGAACAAUUAGAUGCUUACUUAUCAAGUAUCUAUGAAAAGAAUAAUGAAGAAAUAAUGAAAGAAAAAGUUGUCAAAGAACGAACUCCAGACAUAGUACCACCCAAUGAAACACAUGAGCAAAGAAAAUUAUAUUACUAUGCUAAUAAAUUUUGGCCAUUUAAACAACGAGCAUCAUUUCCUAUUGAUGAUAUUUUUUCCAAUAAUCGUACUUCCUUUCCGAAUCCAGGUCCAUUAGAAAAUGCAUCAUUAGAUCUAUUUGAAUUGUCAUUUAAUGGUCAAGAAAAAGAUGUACGCUAUCUCCUAAUGCAACGACUUGCAUAUGUUGAUGUAUGUGAUUCUCAUGGUUUAACUGCUUUACAUUUUGCUACUUAUAAUACACAUAUAAAUGUUGUUAAUGUUCUUCUUGAUUUUGGUGCCAAUGUAAAUCAAAUAUCAGAUGACGGCUUAACUCCGCUUGCGCUUGCUUUUCUUCUUUAUUAUGGUAAUAAUCCUUCCGAGACAAUUAAUACAGCUUUAGAACAUACAGAUCCCGUAAUUUUAAAUCAUCGUACGUCAAAUUCGACAGAAACAAGUAAUGUAGCGUCGUCGAAACAAAACAUAACCAAUGCUUCGAAUAAUAGAGACGAAGAAAAAGUUUUAUCACCAUUUGAAUCAUUGAAAAUAAAUGAUUUAGGAAAAAAAAACUCGUAUGGAUACGAAUUAACAGAUAAUCUUCGUGAAUGUAUACGAGAUGAAAAAUUUCGUGAAUCAGUUUAUACUCUUAUUAUACUUCUGCUUCGUCGUGGUGCUGAUCCAUCAUCUAGCGAUUGGCCUUUACCCGUACUUACAUUAGCUAUUCGAGCUGGCGAUAAACAAAUGGUUGAAUUGUUGUUAAAGAACAAGGCUCAAGUCAAUUGUCAAUUAGAUUCUAUUCGUCAUGCAAAUUUGACUCCAUUACAUAUUGCCUGUGGCUGUUCAUCGGCAAAUGCAAUUGAUAUUGUUCGACUAUUAUUAGAACAUGGGGCUGAUGUCAAUGCAGAAUCAUUAUCGGGCAAUAACGAAUAUAUAUCAUUGGUUGAUCCACUUAUUAUUAAUACGAAUAGAAAAAUUGAUACUCAACAGCAUGGUCGUACACCAUUACAUAUUGCAUGUACUCGAGAAGCAACACCGGGUACAUUAAAUCUUGUUCGACUUCUUCUUGAAUAUCAAGCAAACCCAAAUGUUGUUUGUAAUGGUCAAACACCACUAUCAUUAGCUAUUGCUCUAGGUAAUCAACCUUUAGUUGAGCUACUACUUAAUCAUGAAAGUACUGAUCCAUCAACAAUACUUGAUUUUGGAAAUGGUAAUGCAUUAUGUACUAUAUUAUCAACAUUUUAUGAACCUGGCUGGACAUAUGCAAAACGAAUACAACUAAUUGACCGUCUUUUGGAAAAAAACCCCAAAGUCCUUUAUCCUAUUCGAUUCGGUCCAAAAAAUACGAUAGGUUCAUCAGUUGAUUUUGCUCAUUACAUGUUUUCUGCUGAUACCCGAAUAUCGCAAACACCUUAUCAUUCGUUAACAAGCCAAGAACGUGUUAUAUACGGUGAAAGGAAAGACUUACUUGCUUAUAUAGCUAAACGAUUUCGAGUAGAAGCUUCGAAAUGUGAAGACUUUUUACGUUUGCCAACACCAAGUCUAGAUGGAUCUAUUCAACCACCGAGUCCUGCUAAUCUAUUUUCACAACAUUCAAUAUCGCGAGCUCGUUCAUUGGUAGCAGAAAAAAAUGCUGAUGACCCUUCAAAAUUAAUUGCUCAUUUUCGUUAUUGUGCUACAUGUGGUCGUAGUACAGGUGUACGACUUACUCUUUGCAAACGAUGUCACAAAGUAUCAUUUUGUUCAAAAGCAUGCAAAGUUACUGGUUGGAAUGAAUUUCAUCGAUACGAAUGUCUUCCUUCACCAAAACCAAUUAGUCCACUAGAAAGAGCACUUACAAUGGCGAAGAGUGAUUCAUUGAAACAUAAGGAUUGUACAAGUUUGGAUCGAACAUUGUUCAAAGACAGUAUUUUAUCUAUUAAAGCUCCAGCAAAUACAAAUCAUGCCAGUCGAUUACCACCACUUUCAGCGGCGCAAUUAGUACGACAGAGACGUUUAAAGAAACUUGGCAAAUCGACUGGAAACAUGCCAUCAAAAUUACCGACAUCAAUGAAUGGUAUUCAUUUAUCAUGGAAUCCUAUAUACAAUGCACCAGAAAACUACAGUUUUAAUUAA